AUGGCUAUGCUGGCUUCCAAAUCCUUCCCCCCGUCGCUCGGCCAGCCAUCGGGCGUCGUCACGACAGCAUCACAGUCAGCAUACCCGCCCGCGAGACGAGCUCCCGCAGCUCCCAUGACCACGCAGAAUUACGCCAGCCCGACUGAGUCUGAGUUUGAUGAUGUGGAUGGGCCCAACUCGGUGAAGAACUGGGAUGAGGAUAGAGUGUGCGAGUACCUGCGGAGCGUCAAGUGCGGCGAGUACGAGAAGGUGUUCCGUAAGAACCACAUCAAUGGCGAGAAUUUGCUCGAGAUCGACAAGGAGGUGCUCAAAGAGAUGGGUGUCGAAAAGGUUGGAGACCGGGUGCGUCUGUUCUUGAGCAUCAAGAAGCUACGGACAAAAACAUACGCCAGCCAGAGGAGGCGAAACAGGGAGUCAUUCGCAGGGCUUGACACGCACUAUGCUCCGUCAUCAUCUUCCCCUCGACCCCGCGCUGUACCUCCGACGCCGUCAAACAAGCGCUAUUCUCGCCAGUACGACCUCUCGGCUGCUCUCCCCGUCGCCGAUCACUCCAAACCCUCGUCGCGGCCGACCUCCCCCCUACCGAGCGCAGACUUCAGGACCGCACGCCAACGAUUCGCUCAGCCCCAAACCUAUACCAGCCAGCCAACCCCUCCGUCGGCAAGAUUUCCCAUGGCGUCUCCCGACCAGCCACACUCUGGUCGGCUGCACACAAGGAAUCAGUCCAGCGUUGACGGUUCGUUGAUGGCUGCUCUGCCCCCAGGACAGGACGUUAUCCGGGUCAUCUCGACGGGCGGCGUUACCAAGGUCGUCAAGAUUGCCGACUGUAACACCUGCGAGGAGGUCAUGCGCGUUACGCUCCGGAAAUUUGCCCUGAGAGAGGAUCACGAGAGGAACUACUGCUUUUGGGUGCUCAACGGCGUUGAACCAGACCCGAACCAGUGCCGCCGUCUCGGCGACACCGAACUGUGGCGGGUCAUUAAGGACCACACGAGACCUGAGCGGAACCGCCUAAUUCUGAGACGGGUGCCUGCCGGAGAACCGGGACAGUCAGAACUCGAGAGGGCUGCGGCCAUCGCCAUGGAGGAAGCACAUCAAAGCCACAACCGAGCCAUGGAAAGCAUGGAUAAACGCAGCCAAAUCAAGGCGCAGAAAGUCCUUGGCGAGACAUGGGAAACCAUUCAACAGCCUCCUCUUUCACCCAUUUCAUACCAGGACCGAGAAAGAAAUGUGUACAACGCGGCCAGAGAUCUGGAGCGGCCAGCGGUGAUUGAGACAGCCCGUGCUGUGCCCCGUCGCAAAGGCAUGCUACGCCAGUUUGGCGGACUUAGACCACCUAGCGAGCUGAUCGCCUCGGACCUGACCAGCUACUUCCCGGACCACUCUCGUGAAGCCAUAGACAGGACAGCCCGCAUGUCCAUGCGACGGUCGCAGCGACUCAGCAGGGUGAACCACCGCCUGAGCGUUGCAAGCACGCUGAGCUUUGCCUCGAGCAUUCAAGACGCCCCGCCGAUCCCGACCAUCGCAGACAGCUGGCUGACUGCUUCCAACCAAAUCGCCAAAGUUCGCGCGCGCGAGCCGCGCUUCCACGGAUACCGAGACUCGGUCGCCUCGUCGGUCCUCGACACGUUGCAGGAGGAGUCCUCACCUAUUGAGCCGAACCGGAAAUCGUACGUCUCGUUUGCCGACAGCGGCUCGGACACGGCCGCGCUGAGCAUCACCGAUCCUGACGGCAACGUGGUCCGACAUAGCUACUUCGAUGGGAGCACCACCGGCUCAGGAGGCUCUGGGUCGCUGCAGGAUGUCAACCAAGCGCUAACAGAGGAUGGAGAGGACGCCGACGAAGAGCUGCAGAGCUUCCUGGCUGGCGAGUCAUGGGACGACAGCAAGUGGAUGAAGGGUGCACUGAUUGGCCAAGGCUCCUUCGGCAGCGUCUACCUCGCCCUUCAUGCCGUUACGGGCGAACUUCUCGCCGUCAAGCAGGUCGAGACACCGUCCCCCGGCGCGAAUAGCCAGAGCGACUCGCGCAAGAAGAGCAUGAUCGACGCCCUGAAGCGCGAGAUUAGUCUCCUGCGCGAUCUCCGCCACCCCAACAUCGUGCAGUACCUCGGCUGCGGCUCGUCGGCGGAAUACCUCAACAUUUUCCUCGAGUACGUUCCCGGCGGCUCGGUCCAAACAAUGCUCAACUCGUACGGCGCGCUCCCCGAACCGCUCGUCCGCAGCUUCGUCCGUCAGAUCCUCAACGGCCUCUCGUAUCUCCACAACCGCGACAUCAUCCACCGCGACAUCAAGGGCGCCAACAUCCUGGUCGACAACAAGGGCACCAUCAAGAUAUCGGAUUUUGGCAUCUCCAAGAAGCUCGAGGCGACAAACAUACUCAACGGCGCAAACAACAACAAGCACCGCCCUUCGCUGCAAGGGUCCGUGUUCUGGAUGGCGCCCGAGGUGGUCAAGCAGACGUCGUACACCCGCAAGGCAGACAUCUGGUCGUUGGGUUGCUUGGUGGUGGAGAUGAUGACGGGCCAGCACCCGUUCCCGGACUGCACGCAGCUGCAGGCCAUCUUCAAGAUUGGCGGCGCCAAGGCCACGCCUACGAUCCCCGAGCACGCCAGCGACGAGGCGAAGCAAUUCUUGGCCCAGACGUUUGAGAUUGAUCAUAAUAAGCGGCCGAGCGCGGAUGAUUUGAUGCUGAGUCCGUUUCUGACGCCGCCGGCGUAA